GAAACUAUGUGGAAAUGGGGUAGUGGAGAUGAUUCUCCUUCCAAAACAGCAGCCGCAGGCUCGCAAGAUGCAAGAAGCAUGUCGGUGACAGAUUUGACUGAACAGCUGACAAGCACUGAACAGCUGGUAACACAGCUAAAGGAGCUUGUCAGGGAGAAGGAUGCCGAGCUUCGAAAUAAAGAUCUUCAGUUAAAGGAGGAGAAGGAAUCUGCUGAUGCCAAACUUUCCAAGUUGAAGCUGCAAAACAAAGCCAAGGUUGCAUCAUUAACCUCACAAUUGGAAGAACUUAAGAAACAGUUAUCAGCAUCAGGAGGCUUAGAGGCAAAAGCAGAACAAAAAAAGGCAUCAAAAGAUGGUGACCAGGAAAAUGCUGCGGCAAAUCGUGGGAAAAUAUUGGUGCUGAGAAGGAGAAUUGAGGAACUAGAAUCCCAGAUCGCACAAAAAAAUGAAGAGUUACAAAAAAAGAGUGUUGAACUGGAGGCCCAGCAGUGUCGUGGGGCUGAAAUGGAUGCCAUGCUGGCAGAGAAAGAAAAGAAGUUAGCUGAAAGAGAUGCUUAUAUCAUCGAUUUACAAAUAGCGUGUGGAUCAAGUGCUGUGGCCAGUGAAAUGCUCUUGCCCAAUGAAGAUUUGAAGAAUCAGCUGGCUGUUAAAGAGUCAUCGCUACAAAGCAUGCAGAUUCUAGUUCAGAACCUUACCAAAAAAGUUGGAGACAGUGAAGAAAAAUGUAGCUUGUUCCAGGAACAGAUUGAGAGUCUUAAAAGUAUUCAGAGCAAGGAAAGAGAGCAUUUCCAAGGAAAAGAAGCUACAUAUAUGGAAAAUGUACGUGUGUUUCAAAAUAUUAUCCAGGAAAAGGAAAAGGAACUGGAAGCGCAGAGAGAAAAGCAUGAGCAGGAGCUCUUUAAAUUAGCUGCUAAAUCUGAUGCGAGUGCUGACCUAGAACAGCUAUUAAAGGCCUUGAAACAGAAGCUCCAUGAAAAGGAAGAAGUCAUGUUGGGAAGGACACAGGUGAUAGAUGUCUUGCAAAAAGAACUGGAUGCCAAGGACCAACAAUUGAAAGAGAAUAAUGAAAACCUGAAACGUCUUCUGUCUGAAAAAGAAAACCUCCAGUCUAAACUGGAUGCUGAGAAACAUGUAAUGAGAGCCCAGUUAAGAGACAUGAUGGAGAAACAUGAGCUUGAAAUGACAAAAGUUAGGGAGAAAUACAAUGCUGAACUGCAUGAAAUUCAAGAGAAACAUGAAACCGAGCUGCAAGAGAAAGAUCAGGCCCUGUUUCAGCUUAAGAAACAAGUGGCAGAGUUAAGUAGUAGUGGACAGACUAACUCAAAAGAAGUUAGAGAUCUGGAGUCUAUAGCCAGAGAGAAGGUGGAAGACUUAGAAGUGAAAAUGAAAACGGAAGAGUUUUCAUCAAAGAAUAGUGAUGUAUCUGCCUUAAACAAUCGUGUCUCAGAAUUAGAAAUUGAAAAUGAAGAACUACAGUCAAAACUGCAAUCGUUACAUGAAAUCAGAACUCAAAAUGAAGAAUUGCUGACUAAGCUGGAAGUCUAUGAAGAGCAGCAAAGGAAGUUGCAAGCUGAUCUUGACCAAGUUACAAAGAGGGCAGCUUCACAGGCCAGCGAAUCAGGUAGUGUGGAUGAAUUGCAGAGUCAGCUUUUGGAGUGGCAAGAAAAUGUACCAGAGUCAGAGGAGUCCCACGAUCAAGUCAGAGAAGAGAAAUCUGCUAUGGCCUUGAGAAUGGCUCAGAUUGAGGAGGAGAGAGAAGCCAUGGUCUCAGGGCAACAGGAGCUGGAGGAGGAACUGGCCACAGUUCAAGGAGUGGGCAGGCUGCAGCAGGCGAGAAGAAAAAGCAAUCAGACCAGCAGGAAGCUUCAGGAGGAAUACAGUUUUGAUAGAAAACAAGGCUUUCAAGAAUUGAACGUCACCUUGGAUAGCACUGAUUCAGCUGAAGGAGAAAAUAUGGGAGGUUUACGGAGUGUGGUCGAAGAGUUGGAAUUGGAAAGAAAUCAACUGCAGGAACAAAUUCUUUUCUUAGAAGAGCGUUGUCAGGAUUUGGAAGAUAGAUUGCAGCUUCAAGGAAGAAUGGAGGCUCUUCAGAAUGAAAAUGAACGUUUGCAAACUCAACUCACCCAAUUACGCAACCAACAAUUGCGAGAUGCAGAAAAGCAUCAAAUCCUGAUCUCUAGCUUGAAUGAGCAACUUAAAGGAUUAAGUGACAGAAAUAGCUUCCUUGAAACUUCACUUGGAGAAAAAGAACAAAAACUGUUGAGCAUGACAGAAAAACUAGAACAAAUUGGAAGUUUGAGGAAACUGCUUCAAGAAAAGGAUAUUCUGAACAAAGAGCUUGGUGAAAAGUUUGUGCAUGCUGAGCAAAAACUGAAUGAAGCCUUAAAGAAAUGCAGUGUUUAUGAAGUGGAGAACACUGAGCAGAAAACAGUCAUCAGUGAUCUAACAGAAAAAGUCGCUACACUGAAGGAAAAGACUUUGAAACAAGAUGGCGUGGUAGAGUCGAUGCAGCUGGAUCUGGACCAGACAAAUGAAGAGCUUGACAAAUUGAAUACAAGCCAUUUAGAGGAAAGAUCUCAACUUAUUCAAGAUCUCCAGAAGUGUGAAAGAGAGAUUGAUAAUCUUAAAGAAGCACUGGCAGAAAAAGACAGGGAGAUGUCUGCCCUGUCUUUGAAUAUGACAGAAUAUUCUGAACAGGUUAUCAUCCUGAAGUGUCAAGUGCAGUGCAAAGAGGAAGAAAUACGAGGGAUGGAAGAGGCUUUAUCAAAGGCUGAAAGGGAAACGCAUUUACUGAAAGAAGUACAAACAGCUGAUGUAAGAGAUGCAAGCAUGAAGAUAUCUGCCCUUUCUGAGCAAAGUAAUGCAAUGAGACUAGAGCUAGAAAGAGUUAGAGUUGAGAAUGAAACUAAAACCAAAGAAAAUGAGGAAUUAAUAAGACAAAGCAGUGAGAACAGCAUUACAAUUAAGGAUCUCCGUGCUGAAAUCAAAGCCAAUAAUGUUGCAUACCAUAACAAACUUGCAGAGUGUGAGUCACAAAUUACUUUGCUGAAAGAACAAAUUAGUAAAUCAUCUGAAAAGCUACAAGAAAAUGAGGAUAAACUAAGAAAAGAAACUGAAUAUUUGAAAUCUCAGCUUGAGGAAAACAAUACUUUAAAGGAGAAAUGGAAUGAUUUGCUUAAAGAGAAAGAGAGUAAAGCACAGACACUUGAAAAUGAGUUAAAAUCAAUUAAAGAUUCAUACAACAAACUUGUUUUGGAAAAUGCUAAAAAAGAUGAAGAGUUGGCUGAGUUAUCUAGGAAGCUUAUGGAACGUACUGAACAUCAAGAAACAAUUAAAAAAGAAUUACAGGAGAAACAAGAGUUUGUUAUUUCAUUAGAGCAGAAGCUUGAGGUUUUGGAGCAGCAAAAUGAAGAGACUAAACUUAAAUUAACUGGAGAUCUGAAAGCCAAAGAGACAUGUUGCAAAGAACUUAAUAACCAGUUAAAUGAAAUAAAUAAACAAAUGAACAAGAUGGAAAUAGAGACACAGGAGAAACUGAAGGAUACUAGAGACAAAGAAAUAAAGAAAGAAGAAAUGUUAAAUAAUAAGUUAUCUGAAUGCAGUAGCCUAAUCCAAGAACUCAACCAUAGUAAGGAAGAGAAUUUACUACUGCAGGAACAAAUUCAAAUCCUAACUUUGGAUUUUGAAACUGCGAACAGAUCUCUAGAGGAGAAAAUCCUUCAAAAUGAUUCAUUACAUAAGGAAAUGGAAGAGAGUAAGCUUUGUAUUGUAGAGUUGCAGGAUGAAAUUAAAAAUCUUAAAGAUGAAAAAACAAAGUUGUCUCAGUUGGUAGAAGAAAGAGACCUGGCUGCAAAAUGUCAGGGUUCAGAACUUGAGAAGUUUCAUAGGCAAAUUUCUGAAAAAAUGGAAGAAAAUACGAUGUUAAAUAAUCAGCUCCAGCUUUUAAGCAAAGAAGUGAGUGUGCUUAAGCAUGAAAAGGAGGACUUUUCAAGCUUACUGAGUGAGAAGUCCCAUGAAUGUGAAGUUCUUCAGUCACAGGUGGUACAGCAACAGUCUGAAAUUACUUCAGCAAUGCAACAAGCACAUGCAGCAACUCUAGAAAACGAAAAAUUGAAAGUAGACAUUGAAACAGUUAAUGUUAUGGAGGCUUUGAUUCAGCAAAUGAAAGAUAGUAAAAUGGCAGGAGAGGGGCAAUAUAUGCAAAUCAUUUCAGAUCUGCAAGACCAAAUACAAGCCCUAGGUUUUGAAAGCAGCCAGCUUAGACACGCAAUGCAGGAAAAAGAAAAUGAAUUUAAGAGGCAAACCCAAGAAUUAAAGUUAUUAAAAGAUAAAUCUGAAGAGUCUGAUGUACUUAGGGUUCAACUGUCUGAGAAUAUGGAGGUUAUUUCUGACCUUCAAUAUCAGCUUAGAAAUGUGACAGAAAAAUCAUCCCAGUUGAAUGAUUCAAUUAUACAGAAGGAUGAAUCUUUAAAACAAAAGUUAGAUGAAUACAUCAGUUUAAAAGCACAGCUUUCUGAGGUACAGGAGUCUUCUGUUUUGCAGCAGAAACAGUUAGAGCUUUUAGCCUCUGCAGCAGAACAAUUAAAAGUACUUGUUUCAGAAAAAGAAUCAACCAUCAAUAAUGUUUCAUUAUUCAGUGAGAAUUUAAAGGCACAACUUCAUGAGAAAGAGACUGAAUGUGAGGUCUUAAAGAAACAAGUGGUAGAGCUGGAGGAAGUGAAAGUGAAUUUACAAAAGGAAAUACAACAUCAGAAGAAUGUAGUAAUUGAGAUGGAGCAGUCCUUAUCAGAAAAGGAAUCAUCUCUUUCAGAAAAUAAGAGUCUCCUCAAAACUCUGAAGGAGAAAGCAAGGAAAGAUGAAGAGAAGACAAAUUUAAUUCCUCAGCUCCAAAGUCAGGUACAUGAACUAACGCAAGAACUACAGAAGUCUAAAGAAUUAGUCCAUGAGAAAGAAAAUGCCUUUUUAUCUCUUCAGGAGAAAAUUGAAGCACAGUAUGAACUAAAAACUGAGGUGAAUGCAGCUCUUGGCCAAAAAGAAGUAGUUAUUGCUGGACUGCUUAAUUCUUUAAAGGAGAAAGAUGCCAGUAUACAAUUGGCAGAUAACAAUGUUAAUGCUCUUUCUAGUGAGAUUGAGGUUCUCAGAGAAAAAUUAGAGGAAAGUGGUACAGCCAUGAAAAAUCUUAAUAAGGAAUUUCAGGAAAAGAACGAGAAGCUUGAUAUUAAUCAGAAGACAGUGGAUUCUUUGACAACUGAACUUGACUGUCUAAAAAAUGAAUACCAAAAAGCACUCAACCAAAUAAGUACAUGGAAAGAAGAACUACAGCAAAAAGAACUGGCUGUGGAGUCUCUCCGUGUGAAGUGCACUGAACAGGCAGAUAACAUAGCAUGUUUGAAGUUAGAGUUGAACAAUGUAAAUUCCAAAUCGUCUCAAGACUGCCGUGACAAUGCGCUUUUAAUAGGUAGUCUGCAGUGUCAGGUAGAGUCUUUACAGAAAGAAAAACUUCUGUUACAAGAAGAUGCUGAUAAACUGAUGGCUGAAAACAUGCAACUUGCUGCAUCUCAAAAUAAUCUGCAAAAGAAUUUGGAAGAGCUCCGAGAAAUCAAUGAAAAACUAGAAACCAGUGAGAAUUAUUCAAGAAUGCAGAUAGAUGCUGUCAAACUGCAGAUGAAGACUGAAAAAGAGAAGUUACAGAUGCAGGUUAGUGUGAAGGGUGAAGAACUUUCUAAAUUAGAACUUAAAUUUGAAACUCUAGAACAAAGACUACUUGAGUCAGAAAACAAAUGGGUGACGGAACUUGAUAGGGCAACUUUACAAAAUAGUAAUCUUACUGAGCAAUUGAGCAGUUUAGAAAGUGAAAUUAAAUCAAAGGAUAGUAAAAUCCAGUCUUUGCAGCAAGAGCUGGAUCUUGUAAAAGAGGAAUUAACUCAAAGCUUAUCUCCAUUGCUUAGUAGUAGGCUUUUAUGUAAAGAAAAGAAGGCACAGACUUCAGAUUCUGAAAUGCAUCUAACUGAUAGUAAAAUUCAGUUGGAAAAAUUCUCCGCUCUAAUAACUGCUAUCUUGAGCAAAGAAACAGAAGGUGAACAAUUGCAACUGGUGCUUUUAGAAAAACAGAAAGAAAUAGACACUAUGAAAGAUGAAUUAAAAAGUAUGCGGUCACUUGAGAAGCAGAAGGAGUUGCUGCAGAAUGAUAUUGAAAAGAUGAAGGGUAAAUACAAAUCUGAAAUUGAAUGUCUGUCAGAAGAAAUGGCCACAGUCAAGGAAACGUUGUGUGAACAACAGUCUCUCUUGCAAGAAAGGGAAGAGUCUUUUGCAGAAAUAAAUAAGCAGGUUGAAUUUCUUCAAGAUAAGAUAAAUGUAUCAGAAGAAAUAGUAAGAACCAGUCAAGAAAAAUUGCAUGUUGAAGGGAAAAAAGUAGCAAGUCUCCUUGAAGAAAUCGUAAAAAAAGAUCAACUCAUAGAAAACUUAACUUCCCAGGUUACUCAGCAGAAGGAUUUAAUAUUUAGUCUAAGCCAGCAACUGAAGGAAAAGGACUGUUCUGUUGCCCAGAUCAUGGAAUCAUUGUCUAAUGAAAUGCUGAAUUUUUCUGAAGAGAGAAAUACGUUAAAUACCAAACUGCAAGAGCUUGAAGCUGCUCAUAAUAGUUCUGUAGGAGAGCUAAACCAAGUAUUGCAGGAACUUGAGGACUGUAAGAAAGAACUGGAACACAGUCAGGUUACAUUAAGCAAUAGAGAAGCUGUGUUUAAAGAUUUGAUGAACGAAAAAGAGGAGAUGCAGUUUAAUCUUGAGAAAAUGGGCAAGGAAAAAGAGAAUCUGAAAAAGAAACUUCAAGCAGCAUUGAUAAUAAGGAGAGAUCUAAUGCAAAAAGUUGGAAAACUAGAAAAGAAUGGACAGGAAGAAGUAGAAAAAGAGCAAAAAAAAGCAGAGGAGUUGUUGAAGAAAGUUGAUGAGUUAACAGACAAGCUGAAACUAGUUGAAGUACAAAAUAAAGAUUUUGAGUCUCAUCUUGGAACUUUGAAGCAACAGCUUUCAGAAAAAGAUGCCAAAAUAAGUGAUUUGACUGAAAUUUUGUCUGCAAAAGCCUCUCAUUUGGAGGAACUUCAGGACAGUAUUGCUGAACUAAAUGUUGUCAUUGCUGAAAAACAAAAUAUAUGUGAGCAGAACCUAAAAUCUUUAGAGGAAAAGAACUGCCUGCUUGCUCGUAUGCAAUCUAUGCUCGAUGAAAAAGCAAGUGCGUAUGAAGAGGAACGUUCUCAGCUGCUCUUAGCUCUUGAAAAGGUGAAAUCUGAAGUUAAGAAGGAGGAAGAAUUGUUGAAAAAUUCCAGUUCAGAAGAGCCUGAUUUAAGUGCUGGGGACAGGAAGAAGUGUCUGGACUCCAACACUGACAUUAAUGUCGUGAAUCAGUUAAAAAAAGAAAAAGAAGCCUUAGAGAGGGAGCUUUUGCUCAGCAAAGAAGAUAAGAAAAAAUUUCAGAAAGAAAGGGAAGAACACAGUAAACUUGCAGCAGAUUUUGAUGAACAAAAAAACCACCCUGAGAAUCUCAAACAAGAACAUAAAGCACUCUGCGAAGCAGUGCUGGGAGAAGCAGCAGAUGACCUAAGGAAUUUGGAAUCGGACAAACCAAGAAGCAAGGUUCAGGUUGCGUCCUUAAAAGAGUCAGAAAACAUGAUCACUUCAGUGGCAAGUAAAGAUGCUGAAUUAAAAGAACUAAGAAGUAGUUAUGCAAAACUUCAAGAGGAAACAGAAAUGUUAAAGAAAGAGUUGAGAAAAAUAGCUGUUGAAUUUGGUGACGAAAGAGAAGAAACGGUCAACUUAAACUUGAGACAGCAGGAGCAGUGUAAGGGCAGCUUGUUGGAGGACAUAAAGCAGCUACAGAAAAAGCUGGAAGCAUAUAAGGCUGAAGCUAUAAACAUUAAGACAGCGCUUGAACAUGUGAAUAAUGAGAAAGAAGCCCUUAUUAAAAAAAGUGAAGAGGAUUACAAGGUGAGCCAGGAGAAACUGCAGAGGUUGAGAAUUGAAGCUAAGGAGGAGGUUGCAGAAAAGAACGAGGAGAUAGAAGCAUUGCGUUGUUCAUUUAUGGAUUUCAAAGAGAAGUUUAAUUUGGAAAAGGAAUUAUUAAACAAAGCUAUAAAGGAGGGCCAAGACGAAACCCACCAUUACAAAGCAGCAUUUGAAGAAAUGAAGAGUGAGAAAGAGAAACUUCUCAGUUGUUUAGAAAAGUCCAAUUUGGAAUUAAUUAAUAUGAAAAAGGAGGCUGAGAUGAGUAGACCUGUGGUGUCGUGCAAAGAGCUUAAGGAAGAAAAUGUCACUGAAAAGGAAUUGGGGGAGUUUUGUGUGGAAAGUAAUUCCCUUCAAGGGAAGUUACAAGGUAAAGGUACCUGUUUUCAACUAGCAGAGACUGAGUACUCUGGGAAAACCAAACUGAGAGAAGCAACAGAAUACCAAAUCCAGAAACAAGAGCCCCUGGCAAAAGCUGCAAAUGUAAAUGAUUCUAAACCACAAGAGCAAAGAACUAUAGCAGAAGAGAAAUCCAGAGAGCGCCUUCAAAGAAAAUUACAAGCGGCUUUAAUAUCACGUAAAGAAGCCCUGAGAGAAAAUAAAUGUCUAAAAGACCAGAUUGAUAAGCUGAUGUUGGAAAGAGAAGAACUGAUGAACAAGACAGGUAUGCUUGAACACUUGUUAGAGCUUGGUAGAGAAAAACAAAGUUCAAGUACAGUUUCUCCAUUGUCUGAAGAGGAGAGCCUUGUUUCUGAAAAUGCUAGACUGUUGACUGAAAAUGAAAACCUCACCGCAGCAUGUGAAAGUCUUAAAUCCACCAUGGAGACUAUAGUUCAGGAAAAAGAGGCCUUUUCUUUCCAACUAAAUACCUUAAAAGAUUCUCAGACAGUUGAAUUAACAGGAUGGAAGGCUAAGCAUAGUGAAUUAAAGCAGGAGUAUGAAUCACUUCUUCAGGCUUAUGAGAAUAUCAGUAGUAAAAUAGCAGAUAUGAGGCAAGUUAUUGAUCUCGCUAGAAAAGAGAAGCAAGAGGCUAUUCAAAGACUCAGGGAAGGAGAAUCUGAGAAGGAGGAUCUUGAGAAGCGUUUACAAAACCUCAUUGAUGAAAAUGAGGUUAUUAAGAAUCAACUGAAACAACUCAGUGAAUCCAAGAAAAUGGAAGUUGAUGAAUUACAAAGUAAAGCAGAAAGGCAGAUCCGUGAGCAAGAGGCAAGGAUGCAAGAACACCAGGAUCGUCUUUGUGAACUCACUGAUCAGAAUCAUCAGCUAAUGGAGGAAAAUGAGCAGUUGAAACAAACUUCUGAAAAUUUAAAGCAGGCUUUAGAGAAAAUUCAGAAUGAAAACGAAAUCCUUCAUAAUAACAUCACUGUAACUAAAGCAGCUUUGGGGGAGCUCCAAGUUCAAAUGGAAGUGUACCAAAAUGAUAUGCAAUCUAAAAUCAGUGAUGCAUUAUAUGAGAAUGAAUCAAUGUUAAAGGACAUUAAUGCGUUAAAGGAUAAACUCUCUGAAAAAGAGCAAGAUGUGCUUGUCCUAGAACAGGAAAGAAAAUUAAUUUCAGAAAAAGCAAAAGAAACUGAAAAAUCUUUGGACCAUAAAAAUCAUUGUCUAACAAAGCUGGAUGUGGAAUGUAAAAGUCUUACACAAGAAAUUGUUAGUCUAAAUGAAAAAGUUAAGAUUUUAGAGGAUGAUAAAUGUCUGUUACAGGAAGAAUUAGAAAACGUACAAGAAAGUUCUUACAAAGUAAAGAAUGAGAGAGAAUUUCUUGAGACAGAAUUGCUUAAUCAUGUUAAAAAAGUUGAUCAUCUUACUGAUAGAAUGAAAUCAGCACAGGUGCAGAAUAACUUGCUGUUACAGCAACUGGAGGAAUUAAAGGCAGAAAAAUGUAAUAUGAUUAGAGAAAAAGAACAACAGCAGUUACACCUUGUAAAAGUGUUUGAGGAGAAGGUGAAAAGUGCUCAGAGGGAUAACAAUGGAAGUAAAAACAAAACAAAAGAAUUGCAAGAGCUUUUAAAGGAGAAACAGCAGGAGAUCAACCAUUUGCAAAAGGAUUCUAUAAAGUUCCAGGAGCUGAUCCUGGAUUUGGAAAGAUCUGUGAAACUGUCACAGUCAAAAAGUGAAAAAUUUGAAAAGGACUUAAGUAAUACGUCAGAAAAGCUUGCGAAGUCAAAUGAAGAAAUAUAUAAUCUCAAGGGAGAGCUUUCUUCACAGAUGAACUUGUUGGAUCAGUCAAAGAAUGAAGUGGACAGGCUUACAGAUGAGAAUCUAAAUUGGAAAAAAGAACUUAAGAAGAAAGAAGACGAACUACAAAUUCAAAAGAGAGAAUAUGAGAGAGAAUUGGAAUUUAAUCUUCAACAAUUAAAAUCAGUUCACAAAAGAGAAUUUUUGAAACUAGAGGAAAGACAUGGUGCCCUUCAGAGAGAAAAGGAUAGGGCAAUUAGUGAGAUCCAUGGUUUGCAAGAGGAAGUUGGCAUUAAGGACUCUCAAAACAAGAAGCUUCAAGCAGAUUUGAAUGCUGCUUUGGCACGAUUAGCUGCUUUUACGAAGUGUAUGUCCUCUCUUCAGGAUGACCGGGACAGGGUAAUCACUGAAAUGAAAACCUGGGAAAUGCAGUUCAAAGAGGCCAUCCAAAAUAAAGAGAAACAGAUAGAAGACCGUAAUAAAAGAAUAAUGUCUUUACAAGAUGAAUUGAAAGACAAAGUGACUCAGAUUCAAGAAUUGAAUAUCAAAUAUUCUGUGGUAGAGGAAACAAAGGAUGAACUGUACUUGAGGCAAAAAUCUGUUGAUACACAACGCUAUGAAGAGCUCUGCAGAAUAAAAGAAGAAAAUACGUUUUUUUUUAACAGGCAGCAAGAAUUGGAGAGUGUUCUUCAGUCAAAAGAAGAAGCUUUGCAGGCACUUCUUAGAGAAAAUAAUUCCCUUAAUCAUCUCAUAGAGAAUAGUAAAAGUGCAGGAAGAGAGAUAAAAGCUCUGGAAAGUAGUUUUACAAGACAGGAACAAGAAUUGCAACAGCUUCUAGCUGAGAAGGAAAAGAUUAAUGCUGAAUUGCAAAAGCAGAUUACCAUUUCUGAGCAAAUGAAGAUCAUGCUAAAUAAUAAAGACAAAGAAAUUUCCUUACUCAUUUCUUCAAAAGGUGAUGAAAUUUCUGACUAUCUGAUUCAGAUACAGACUCAACAUAGGAAACAAAUCAAAGAAUAUGAACUUCAGUUAAGGUCUUUGCAGGUAGAAAGACAGCAAUCUGAGGAGUCCUGUCAGAGGAUGGAAAAUGAAUUGAGAAAUCUCAAGAUGAAGGCAGACAAAGCAGGUCAAGAUAAGGCUGCAAUUGCUAGUGAAAUAGAUGCCUUUAAAAAAUCAAUGUCAUCUCUUCAGAAUGAUCGGGAUGAUCUUUUUUCUAAAUACAAAGAGCUGGAACAUCUUCACCAAGAUGUCUUAAAUCAGCGGGACAGUCUUAUAGUUGGCAAUGCAAGUGAGAAUAAUGCUUUGAAACAAGAAUUAAGGAAACUUCUCAAUCAGAUAGAUGAUCUUCAUUCUGAAAAUGCAAUGCUAAGUGCACAGCUGAUAAAGUAUAGGGAAGAUCUUAACCAAGUUUUAUCUCUGAAAGACCAUCAGCUGAAAGACUUACUUAAGCAGAAACUGGAUUAUACUGCUGUAUCUUUGGAACAUGAAAAUAAAAAAUUGGUGUCUAAAGUAAAUGAUUUAGAAUCUUUAAUUGCAUCAUUAAACAAAGAGAAACUUGUGUCUGAAUCUGGAGAGAAACUGCUAACUAGUGAUAGUGUGCAGAAAAAAGACUCUGUAUCCAAUGGACAGUAUGGAGAAAAUCUUCAGAAGAAGAUUCAAGAACUCCAGAAAUCAAGAGGCAGAAAUACUAAGGAUGCAGAUGAGGAGUACAGUAAGACUCUUUUGACACUUGAACAUGGAGAUGAACCUGAUGCUUUUGCAGAGAAGAGGAUAUUAGAAGUUCAGUCUCAAAAUAGUGAGCUGAGGUCCCAAAAUGAGGCCUUUGGGAAAGCAAUGACCGCUCUGCAAAAUGAUAGAGAUAGGAUAAUAGAAGACUUAAAGGUACUUCAGAGCAAAUACACAUCUGAACUCAAGACUGAAAAAAAGAAAGGAGAUGAACUUGAAGCUGAAUUGGAUGGCUUUAAAGUACAUCUUAUCAGUAUACUUAAAGAAAAUUCUCUUCUGAAUCGGGUUAUAUGUGAUGCUGCAGAUAAGGUUACACUUGAUCAGAUUGCUGAUGAAAUUGAAAAUCUCUGUAGGACGUUAGUUAGUCGUGAGAUGGAGAUUAGCAGGCUCUCAUCUGAGUGUGGGAAUUAUGUUCACCAGAUUGAAGCGUUUUCCAAGGCUAUGGCCAGUCUUCAGGAUGACCGAGACAAAUUGCUGCAGGAACUCAGCAAUCAGAAGGCUAAAGAAGGAGCCAGCCUUGCAGCUGUUGAAAUAUUGAAACUGAAGACCAAGGUUGAUGAUUUGGAGAAGGCAUUGAAUCAGACAAAAGCCUUCCAAGCAGAAACUGAGAGAGAGAUUGCAUCAUACCAGAAUGAGCUUGCUGGAUUAAGAAUGGAAAACAACCUCCUCCUGUCAGAGUCCCAGGCACUGCGAAAUCAAUGUCAAAUCAUGGCUGCUGAGAAAGACCGACAGAUUGCAGAACUACAGAAGCUGCAACAGGACACGGUUGUUAAGAAAUUAGUCUCUGCUGGCAGCAAUUACCCAGUCAAGGUUUUAGAAACUGUCUCCCUUGCUGGAAGUGCAGAUGUGCCAGAGGAAGUCAAGCAUGUCUUAGCUGAGAAGAAUCAGCUUCAAAACGAACUGCAGCGCUGUCUUCAGGAGAUACACCAGAAGGAUCUGCAUUUUCAGCAGAUUAAUUCAAAGGUUGUGCAGUCAGCAGAAGAGAAUGCUAUCUUGUCUGCCCAGCUGAAGACUCUUUCACAGACUCUAAGAGAUAACCAGCUUCGUUACACCGACUUACAAAAUCGUUAUUUAAGACUGGAGAGGGAAUAUCAGACCAUGCAAGUAACAUCUUUCCAAGGCACUGUUCAGGAUGAAACUAGAGCAGAAGUUCCCCCUGGAGCACCACAGGAAAGAUCAGCAGUUAUUGUUGAAAUAGACAAUAUGGAGCUAAAUAAACUCAGACAAAGGCUUGCAGAGACCGAGCAACAAUAUGAUUCAGUGCAGCAGGCGCUCUCACAGCUGACAGAAGCACUGUCAGAAGAGAAGAGGAGGAGAGAAGCUGCAGAAGAGGCUCUUGGCCUCUCUGAGGAGCAAAGUAACAGAUUUGAAGUAAGCAGUUACAGGUCUGUACCUAGUGACUACGCUGUUCAGAUGGAAACUGAGGAGGAAAGGGAAGCCUUAAUCAUCAAUCCCAGUGAACAUGUUAUUGUGCGAAAGAUGAAAGGAGGAGCCCUUUCCUUCAGAAGAUGGCUUCGAGGGCGAAGUCUUUACUGUUCUAAGCUGCUGACCUCCAGAGCAAAAUCCCGCUAUUUAUUCCUCACGUACCUAGUUACACUACAUCUGGUUGUUUUACUGUGCCUCACUGGUGUUCUCUGAGUACACUGCAUUUUCUGGGUAAAUUAUUUCCCUUUAGGUAACGGUGUGCCAAUUCAAGAUAAUAGACUUUUCACAUGCUGCUGUUAAGCUAUGCACUGGACACAGUUGUAUAUUUUCUUGUUACACUACAUGAAUCUUACGCUUCUUAAAAGAGAUUUAUGUAUAUCACAGUUGCUCCAAAGUUGACUUGAAUUGCUCUUUAACAGUGGAAUAUUAUAUUUGCUAAGGAGAAAAUAUUCCCCUCUGUUUGCCCUAUAAAGAAACUGCUGCACACAAGUUAUUUAAUAUUGUUUGCGAGUACAUAAUGAUUGAUUACUACUGAAUGGGUUGUAAAUGAUAUCUUUUCUAUAUAAAUUUUAUUUUAAGAGUUAAACUAUAAAUUUUAAAGGAAUAUUACUGUUAUUGGCUUCUUGAUUAUAACAAGAAGUUUUAUAGAGUGCAAUAAAGGAAGAACUACUG